CGCCUCGUCCUGAUAUAUCGAAGCUCCGCAGCCGGCGCCUCCUACACGGCUUGUCAGCGCUCCAACGGCCGCUAGCUGCUGGGCGGACCUGGGCCUCCUCACCGCGACAUUCAGCCUCAAAGCAACAGAGUUGAUUGUUGAGAAGAAGGAGAAGAAGAGAGAGACCGGGAGAAUGGCCACGACAACCUGUACGCGAUUCACGGACGAGUACCAGCUGUACGAGGAGCUGGGCAAGGGAGCGUUUUCAGUGGUGCGCCGAUGUGUGAAGCUGUGCACAGGACAGGAGUACGCCGCUAAAAUAAUCAACACCAAAAAGUUAUCUGCACGAGAUCACCAGAAGCUGGAGCGAGAGGCUCGGAUUUGUCGUCUGUUGAAGCACCCCAACAUUGGUGAGGACUCCACCUCUUCCUCCCUCCAGGUCAAGCAUCCCAUGUUUGAUAUAGGUUUACGUACAUUCAUAUAUAUACGUGUGUGUGUGCACAGGGUGACCGGAGGCGAGCUGUUUGAGGACAUCGUAGCCAGAGAGUAUUACAGCGAGGCCGACGCCAGUCAUUGCAUCCAGCAGAUCCUGGAGGCGGUGCUUCACUGCCAUCAAAUGGGCGUGGUGCACCGGGACCUGAAGCCAGAGAACCUGCUGCUGGCGAGCAAGUGUAAGAACGCUGCAGUGAAGCUGGCCGACUUCGGCCUGGCUAUUGAGGUGCAGGGGGAUCAGCAGGCCUGGUUCGGGUUUGCUGGCACACCGGGGUACCUGUCCCCUGAGGUCCUGAGGAAGGAGGCAUAUGGCAAACCAGUGGACAUCUGGGCCUGCGGGGUGAUCCUCUACAUCCUGCUGGUGGGUUACCCUCCUUUCUGGGACGAGGACCAGCACAAGCUGUACCAGCAGAUCAAGGCUGGGGCUUAUGAUUUCCCUUCCCCAGAGUGGGACACAGUCACCCCAGAGGCCAAAAACCUCAUCAACCAGAUGCUGACCAUCAACCCAGCCAAGAGGAUCACUGCUCAGGAGGCCCUCAAACACCCAUGGGUCUGCCAACGAUCCACAGUGGCGUCUAUGAUGCACAGACAGGAGACCGUGGAGUGCCUGAAGAAAUUCAAUGCCAGGAGGAAACUCAAGGGGGCCAUUCUCACCACCAUGCUGGUUUCUAGAAAUUUCUCUGCAGCCAAGACUUUGCUCAACAAAAAGGCAGAUGUCAAGGAAUCAUCAGACAGCAGCAACACCACUGUGGAAGAUGAAGAUGUGAAAGCACGCAAACAAGAAAUAAUCAAGAUCACUGAGCAGCUGAUAGAGGCAAUCAACAACGGAGACUUUGAGGCCUACGCCAAGAUCUGCGACCCCGGACUGACCUCGUUUGAGCCGGAGGCGUUGGGCAACCUGGUAGAGGGGAUGGAUUUCCACAGAUUCUACUUUGAGAACCUUUUGGCUAAGAACAGCAAGCCCAUCCACACCACCAUCCUGAACCCUCACGUCCACCUGAUCGGUGAGGAUGCCGCCUGCAUCGCUUACAUCCGCCUGACUCAGUUUGUCGACGGCCAGGGUCGGCCGCGGUCCAGCCAGUCAGAGGAGACUCGCGUCUGGCAUCGCAGAGACAGCAAGUGGCAGAACAUCCACUUCCACUGCUCAGGCGCACCAGCUGCGCCGCUCCAGUGAGGGUCGAACGCUGUAGUUCUGUCUGUCGGGAGUGCUCUGCUGGAGAGAGAGAGGAUGAGGAGGAGGAGGAAGGGAUGAAAGAACAUGUCCAGUGUCGGUCUGGGGGCUCCUCACCCUUCAACAACAAACCCUCCCUCACUGGACGCCCGGCCUCACCCCCCCCAGCAUGCAUCUCUUCUUUUACUCCUACUGCCCCCUGUCUGUCACCGUCCCCACGACAACCAUCAAACAGCAGCGAGUCAACGUCCAGCAGCUUGACAUCCUUCACCCCCCCAGCUUCCUCUUCUUCCCCUGGCACGCUGGGGCUUUGAUGGGGUUGGGGUGUUUUCAGCUCUGGGUGUGAUUCCUUCUUCCUGUGGUCUCUUUCCCACCAGCCUCAUGUCCUCCUGUGAAUCCACACUUGUGUGACAUAAACACUGCACUGGAAAUACAGUAUGUAAAGUUUUAAGUAAACUCUAUGAUUAUUAUCAUUACGAUAUUAUUAUGAUGAUGAUUAUUAUUAUUACACAUUUGCAAUUGUAUAUGUCAUUUGUAUAAUUCAGAAUUCUUGAUGCCGGUGGUUUCUAGAGUCGAAGGAAGUUUUUUUGUUUUGUUUUUCUCUCUUUUUAAGGAAGCAUGUCCCCCCCAUAUUAACAGUGGCUGUUUUUUAUUGUGGCUAUUAAGUGAAAAAUGAUAUUGGCAGUUUUUGUAAUUUGCUUCUUGUAUGUUAGCUAUAAUACUGCGCCCAAAAUCAUGGUCGACAUGUUUUUGUUUGUUUGUUUUUGGUGGGUUUUUUUGCUGUUGUUUGUCUUUUUUUGGAAGGGGGUGCCUGUGAUGGGUGUCAUCUGUGAAUGCAGAGAGUGUGUGUGGUCAUGUCCGCCAAUCAGAGUUUGACUAGCUGCAGCGUGAGCAGCCGGUGCCGCUACACUCUGUGUCUUCCUGCAUCACAGCAGAACAAGCAGCAUGCAACAGGAGUUUAAUCAUAAAUUCGUGUUUCUGUCUCACUGGAACGCCUUUGGCUCGCCGAACACUGAGGUGGGAGGUCGCCUUGAAAAACAUGUUGCUUUUUUCUGCUAGAGUUCCUUUUCUGGAUUUGUGGGUCUGUCACCAUAAAAAAGUGUUUCCCAUCAUAA